GGGAUUGAAGCGGCUGCCUCGGAGCUCUCCGGUAACGGACACAGUAGACUGCGCUGACUCACGCUGACGAUCCGCACACAGCACCUUUUAGACUCUACCUGACCCGCAACCUGACAGCAGGAAGACAUAAAGGAACUUUUUCUCUGAAUUUUGGAGCCGUGGUCAAUCCGCUCUCGACUGCUUCUCUUCAAAUUCGAUUUGGCAUCAAACAAAGUCACAGGCUACUCCAUGUUAUUGAUUCAUAAACACCAGAUGGCGGUGAGUUGAAAUAUCACUAGAACACAUCUGAGCGUGUUGGGACGGGACCGGGUGUUUUUUCUUUUCUUCACCUCGUUUAAAGCAACUGCGGACGAGAAAAAACUUCUACCGGUGGCGGACCUUGUAUCUUCGUCUUAAAUUCCGUUAAACAUCAUCCGAACCCCUCCUCCUCCUCCUCCUCCUCCUCCACCACCUCCUUAUCCUCCUCCACCAGUCUUCACUUGUUAAAACAACAGCCACCGCGGAGACAAGACUCCAGCCUGCCUGCCAGCGGUCAAAGGGAAUCAAAAUAACAGUUUAGCAACCGGCAGCUCAAGAUUGGACCCUCACAAGGAUGCUACCCCAGCACAGACACCACUAGACGGUCCAAACAGCGGCUGCCAAUAUGUUUAGGCGAGGUUAUGGUGGAGUGGAGUUACUGUUGGUGCUGUGUGGCCUGGAUCUCUCUCUGCCCUGCCCUCGCCACUGCAUCUGCUACACCUCACCUAGCACCGUCUCCUGCCAGGCCCACAACUUCCAUGCCGUGCCGGAGGGCAUCCCUGCCCAGAGCGAGCGCGUCUUCCUGCAGAACAACAAGAUCCAGCGGCUGCUCCGCGGCCACUUCUCGCCCACCACCACCAUGUUGUGGCUUUACUCCAACAACAUCUCCUACAUACAACCCUCCACAUUGCAUGGCUUCGACCGCUUGGAGGAGCUCGACCUUGGGGACAACCGGCACCUGCAGGCUGUUGCUUCAGACACCUUCCAGGGCCUGGGGAGGCUACACGCCCUGCACCUAUACCACUGUGGCCUGAUCACCCUGCCUGCAGGCAUCUUCGCGGGCCUCAAUAGUCUCCAGUAUCUCUACCUACAGGACAACCAGUUGGAGUUCCUAGAGGACGAUCUGUUCAUCGACCUUCUGAACCUCAGUCAUCUCUUCCUGCAUGGCAAUAAACUAUGGAGCCUUCGCCAGAACACUUUCCGUGGUCUGGGGGUCUUAGACCGCCUGCUUCUGCACCAGAACCGAAUCCAGUGGGUUGACCGCCAAGCUUUCCAUGACCUGCGGCGCCUCACCACCCUGUACCUGUUUAAUAACUCCCUCACUGAGCUAUCCGGAUCCUGCUUGACUCUACUGCCGGCCCUGGAGUACCUACGACUGAACGACAACCCGUGGGAGUGUGACUGCAAGGCGCUGUCAAUUUGGGAUUGGCUGCGUAGGUUCAGAGGCUCCACCUCAACUCUGAUGUGCGUUUCACCACCAGAGCUGGCAGAGAAGGACCUGAAAACGCUGAAGAAAGAGGACCUGCCCAGUUGCCUGCCAGCAGAGGGUCAUGCACACGGGGCCCCUGGUGGGGAGAUGGAGCAUGGAGAUUCUUUGAACCACCUGAAUCGUCACAGAAACCAUCACACCCAUCAUCAGCGGCCGUACUUGCCCCACGGUGAUCAGUACAGCUUGCCUUCACCCUCGCCCCUGCCGCGGCCACCCAAGGGGGGUCGCAGAAACUGUACCCGUCGGGGCCGCAAGGGAAAAGGGGGGCCGAAUGAGGUGCAGGUACUGCGGGAGGGGGGUGAGAAAGACUAUACUCCAGAUGGAGGUAAAUACGAUCUGUCUGGAACUGCAAGGAGGAAGAACAAGUGCAUCCCCAGAACUUCUGUUGGCCCACCGAGUGGAGUCCAGAGAGCCAAUAAUAACGCUGGGUCACACUUUGCAGAUUAUACCUUCAGUUUACUAACAGCUCUGCUGCUGUCACUCAUCUCUGUCAUCCUACGCUGAGACAGGAAACGGCCACUUUUGCGCUGGUGAUCCAACCUUAUGAUUCAUUCUCCUGAACCACCCUGUCCUGGCUCUUUCAAUGAGGCAUGUGUGCAUAACUGUGAGUGUGUACAUGACUGUGUAAAAAGAACAUUAUCAAAUAUCUACUGUAAAGGUAUCCCUGCUGUAUUAAGGCAGGAAUCUUUAUGACUCAUAAUCGAAACAUGGGAAAACAGGGAAAACAAUUUAACCUAUUGCUUUGAUGAUGUCACCCAGGGAAACAUCAGGAAAACGUAACAUUUUGUCUCUGUGGCAUCGAUUGCUUCGCUAGAUCCACGCUCUAAUGAAAAAAAUGUACAGCCACAUAAAAUAACAAGCCAAUGACUCAUUCAAGUAACAGCGAGGAAACAAAAAAAAAAGCACAAUAUGGAUCAAAACAGUUCAAGGCUCUGACUCUAUGUCAUUCAUAACUGUCACACUGCUCACUCAACAGCACCUUAAGAUCCAGAAGCAAGUUACUGCACGACACCAGUGGCAGUAAAGUGAAUCAUCGUACUGCCAUAGCAGUAAUAACUGGAAUCACUGUAUAUCUAGUAAUAAAGGGAUUUUACUUGCAUGUCUCACAGGAAGGUGAACCCACUUUGAUUCACAUCUUUAGUCUAAACUCACUAAAACACCACUGGUGUUGUGACGCAUUUACAUAACUGACAAUUCUUCAAACUAGUCCUAGUUAAAAGGUGUCCUUUGUCCUUGCAACACAUCUCCUUAAAAGCCAUUCAGAACCAACCUUUCAUUGUAAAGAGCCAACCGGUCACAGUCAGUGUAAAUGAGUGAGUGAAAGAAUGUCUGUAUAACUGUUUGUAUUGUGUGAGUUUGUGUCUACUUAAAAAAUACAACAAAAAACACUAAAGCCAUGCGGGUAGAACGACAAUAGAUAAGAACGCCUCAUGAGAGCCAGUGGCCAAGAAGGACAAACUAU